AUGAGUGAGGUUAUUAAUACAGUUGCAGUAUUGCAGGAACCUGUCGGUGUUGAUCCUUUGAUGGAUCUGUCAACAAACGUUCAACGCCAACCCGAUUCCUCCCCUAUUGCAAUGGUGAAGAGAAGUUUCAGCGAUUUGAACGACGGCGAUAGUGUCGAUACAAAGGAUAUCAUCACUCCUCCAAAUUCAACAAUUAGAAAUAGUAAAAGUGACAAGAAUAAGUCACACCGUCAACCUUUAUCUCCAGAGAUGUCUUCUCCGAUUACUCAUUCAAAGACUAAGAAACAGAAAAAUGAAAGUAGUACCCGUUCAAAUGGUAACUUGACGUUAGAUGAAUUGAUAGAAACUUUUGCUACCAGAAAGUCAAGAGGUGAACUUAAUAAAAAACCUCCUUAUUCAUAUGCUACUCUGAUCAGUUUGGCAAUCUUACAAUCAGAUGAUGGUAAAUUAACUUUGUCACAAAUUUAUAAUUGGAUUUCUUUACAUUUCCCUUACUAUAAGCAGAAAGAUGCUGGUUGGCAAAAUUCUAUUAGACAUAAUUUGUCAUUAAAUGAAGCCUUUGUGAAAACUGAAAAAUCUGGUGAUGGUAAAGGCCAUUUUUGGGAAGUUCAAGUAGGUUAUGAGUCAAGGUUCUUUAAAAAUGAAACGCGUUCUCUUGAGAAUAUUAGAGAAACUUUAAAAUCAAUUGAACAUUUUUUCGAACCUGGCACUGAAGUUUAUAACGAUAGCGAAGUACCGGAAGAUUACAAGAAUGGCGAACAAGAACAUUAUUACGCUUUUAAUAAUGGUUACGCUCCUUUCGAUAUCGACGGUGAACAAAUUCAGCCUAAACCUCAAGAAAUUAGAGGUAACAACGUAACUACGACUCCCGAUUAUCCUGUCUGUUUGUCUCCAUCGGUUGCCAUUCAUUCUAAUUCAACUUUUAGUGCAAAUAAGUUCUCUCCUGGAGGUUCUUUGGAAAAUAAUUCUGAUGGGAACUUGGCAAUUCCUCAGGGUCAUCUUAAAAGAUUUCACACAACUUUGGGACUGCCAAGGGUAUAUGAUAAGAAUAAUUUAUUAUUCGAAAAUUCUGGUAAUCCCUUCAAUCCAAUUUCUUCCGCAAAUUUAUUGAAAUCACCUCAAAAUUUCAAAAGAUACACUUCUUCAUUUAAUUCAAGUUUCGAAGAAACCUCACCUUUACCAACUAAAGAACAUAAUAGAAAUUUCUUCGAAGCUCAAGAAGAUAAUGAAUCUAUAAAUGAAGAAGAAUUAGGAUCUUCAACAUUAUUAACAGCAUCACAAUCAAUUGUAACAGAUCUUCUGAAAACACCAAAAGUAAAAAUAUCAGAUAAUUUAGAUAAAACACCAGUUCGUUUUAUAACCACUCCUCGUGAUGACAGCGCAAUACUUAGAAAAUGGCAAACACCUUCAAAUCUAUUCGAAGAUUUUUACUGCUCACCAUUAUUUAAAGGUAUGGGUACACCAGUAAAAUUUACAAAUAAUGCAAAUAAUAAUACAAGUAAGAUAUUAUCCCCAGAUGGGACACUAACAAUGCCACAUUUAAUGAGAGAGUCAGAUAGAUCAAAACUUUCAGCAAGUGGAUUAUUUGGUGUUGAUGUGUAUUCGGUUUGGAAAAGAGCAACUGAAAAUGCUCAAACAAACCCAUCAGAUGCACAUUCUGAUGAAUAUUCGAAAUAG